GUUCCUGGCAUGACUAUGGAUUUAAAUCACUUCCUUAAUGUUGAUUUUCUCACCUGCACAAUUCUCAUCGCAUCACUGGUUGUGAUCGAUGGUGCGUCUCCUGACAGGUCGCCUCAACCUGUGGACCGGUGCUCUCCAAACCCAUGCCAAAACAGGGCCUUAUGCAGGAACCACAGGGAUGGAUACUCAUGCUUCUGUGUGCCGGGGUUCCAGGGGUCUCACUGUCACAUUGAUGUGAACGAGUGCGUGUCGCAGCCCUGCAGGAACGGAGCCACCUGUGUGGACAGAGUGGGCAGGUUCUCCUGUCUGUGCUCUCCUGGGUUCACUGGGGCCACUUGUGAGGUCCAGAUUGAUGAGUGUCAAUCACAGCCAUGUCUCAGUGGGGGCAGUUGCCAUGGCUACGUCGGUGGCUUCACUUGCACCUGCCCGUCCGGUUUCCAAGGACACCGCUGCGAUAUCGACACUGAUGAGUGCCAAGAGCAUCAGUGCCAGAAUGGGGCUCUGUGUAUAGACGGGGUGAAUGGAUACAGAUGUGACUGCUCUCACACAGACUUCACAGGCCCUCACUGUGAGACACCACUAACACCCUGCCACUCUCAACCCUGCUUCAACAGCGCCACCUGUAGGGGCGAGCAGGGUAACUACACCUGUGAAUGCUGGCCAGGGUUUGAGGGGCGUCAGUGUGAGGUAGACAUCAGUGAGUGUAGCAGCAGCCCCUGCAUGCACGGAGGUCACUGCAUUGAGAGGUCAUGGCAGGCUCUGUAUGGCAGCGAGCCUCUGCUGCCUGAGCGCUAUGACCAGCAGCACGCUGCAGGCUACAUCUGCAGCUGUCCUCCAGGAACAACAGGUUCCCUCUGUCAGGAGGUGAUAAACCAGUGUGAUCCCAGUCCCUGUCAGAAUGGGGGCAGGUGUGAGAGCCACGUCGAAGGCUACAGUUGCCACUGCCUCAAACAGAGUGACGAUGGAGUUCUCUAUGGAGGCGUGAACUGUGAUGUGAGGUUGAUGGGCUGUGAGGGACACGAAUGCCAGAAUCAAGGCUCCUGCUCUCCUUUCCUCAUAGACGGGACUCAAGGCUACGACUGCUCCUGCUCCGCUGGGUUCACCGGACCCCUCUGCAAUACCCCCACCACAUUCUCCUUCGAACGCAGGGGCUACCUGCUGCUCCAGAGUCCUCUGGUGGAUGCAGAGUUCUCUUGCAAAAUCACCCUGAGCUUCAAGACUGUUCUGCCCACGGCUUUGUUGUUCCAGCGGAGCAACAGGGGCCUGCUGCUGAGCCUGGAGCUGAAGAGAGGGCAGCUUUAUCUCACCCUGAGGAGGGAGGCCUCGGCUGGGGCUGAGACAGAGCGCACAGCCCAGGUUCUGGAGCUUCCAUUCAAUGUCACAGAUGGAGAGUGGCACUCUGUAGAGGCCGUGCUGGAAAACUGGGUGCUCAGCCUGAAACUUUUGCAUGAUGCUGGGAGCUGUGGGAGCCAGUCAUGUCACAAGGUGGCCUCAGUCAGUCCAAGCACUCUGGCUGGACUGGAGUGGAACACAUUUAUUGGAGGAGUGCCUCAUGACCAACAUGACCCAAGUGAGGACGCUCCACUUCCAGCAUUUAUUGGCUGCAUGCGGGACGUGUUUGUUGACUGGCAGCUCGUGGUGCCUAAAGAAUGGUUGAGCGACUCGGCUGUUAACGUGUCCCCCGGCUGCAGCCACAGGGACCGCUGCCUGGAUGUGCCUUGUCAAAACAGAGGACAGUGUGUCAACCUGUGGCAGAGCUACCAGUGCUGGUGUCCAAGGCCUUACGAGGGGCAGGACUGUGAGGAGGAGCAUGUGCCUGCACGCUUUGGGAAUGAGGACUCUCACAGUUACGCCACGUUCAAUGUCACAGACGACCUGGGUCACGACCUGUCCAUCUCACUCUUCCUCCGUACGCGAAGGCCCAACGGACUCCUCCUGGUGCUCGCCAACGACAGCAGCCAGUACCUGCAGAUGUGGCUGGAGGACGGCAAGGUCACGGUUCAGGUCAAUGACUUUGAGAGUCUGAGGGCAGAGAGCAUGGUGGACGACGGGGAGGUCCACUUUGUGAGUGUGGAGGUGGUGGAGGGUCGUUUGACUCUGUACGUAGCAGAUCAGAAACAGGGGGAGAUGGAGAUCAGGACGGUUGGUGUCCAGGCAGGAGACACUGUGCACGUGGGAGGUCUGCUGGAGAAGAAGACAACCUCAGUGUUCGGUGGAUAUUUUAAAGGAUGUAUCCAGGAUCUGAGGAUCAAUGACAGCAGGCUACAGUUCUUUGGGUUGGACACGUCAGUGAGAUCGUAUCCUCUGGAGCUCAUGGAGAACGUGACCAGCGGGUGCUCGGGGGACAACGCCUGCAGUCACAGUGUGCUGCCUAGACCCUGA